GAAAGUUGCGCCCCUGGUAGAAGCAAAAAUGAGUGGAAUUACCUACACUUGUCAAUUUGUUGCAGCUUGGAAAUGAAAACUUAAUGUCCCAGAAAUCUUAGCGUAACCAUCAAAAACAUAACUGGCUACACCGUGUUGUAUAAGGAAGGACACAUAAAUCGGCGUCCAUGCGCAUGAAGGCAUAACAGCUAGCUAGCUAACCUGAAAAAUGUCCUCCAUGUCUGCUGCCAGCGUCGGGCCAUUGAGGGCCAUUGAGGGCACAGAGAAGAAACCACUGAAACCCUGUUGUGCGUGCCCUGAGACGAAGAAAGUCAGGGAUGUUUGCAUCAUUGAGAAGGGUGAAGAAAGUUGCACAGAUCUCAUCGAGGCACAUAAGGAUUGUAUGAGGGCGCUUGGAUUCAAGAUUUAAUUUGACUCCAUAUAAUAAGUGGUCGUGUGCCGUUGUUGGCCGGCUGUCCGGAAGGAGACCUGGGAUAUUUCUUGUUUUUAUUUAUACUGCAACCUGAAUGGAAGAUGUGAUUUCUGCAAGGAGGGUGUUCCACUGAGUGAAAUGUGUUGGCUUAAUGCUCAGAUUUUCUGAAUGAUGUGAAUCUUGUUCUGCUGAUUAGAAUUAAAUAUAUGUCCUAUGCGAAA